AAAGAUCUGCACCUGUAUAAAUGGCUCUCUUCAAAAAGGCGAUUGCAUAGAAACACAGCAAGAUGAAGACAUCCACCUUUCCAGUGAAUGCUCUACUAUUAUUUGCACUAGUGUGUGGAUCCAGUGCUGAUACCGGAGAAGAGGACCCAUCGUUCUGGAAUACGAAGGCUAAAGAAACACUGAAGAUUGCUUUGGACCUCGAACCGGUCAAACAUAGAGCAAAAAAUGUUAUAUUGUUUCUUGGGGAUGGAAUGGGAGUUUCCACAGUGACUGCUACCCGAAUACUGAAAGGGCAACUACAAAACAAAUCUGGAGAAGAAACUGUGCUAACAAUGGAGUCAUUUCCACAUCUUGGUCUCUCCAAAACAUACAAUGUUGAUCACCAAGCAGCUGAUAGUGCAGGAACAGCUACUGCUUACCUUUGUGGAGUCAAAGCAAACUAUGGAACCAUUGGACUGAGUGCAGCAGCAAGACGAGGAGACUGUAAAACAACUUUUGGCAAUGAGGUCAUGUCAGUACUUAAGAGGGCAAAAGAUGCAGGAAAGUCGGUUGGCAUUGUAACAACCACUCGGGUUCAACAUGCUUCUCCAGCUGCUACAUAUGCCCAUGUUGCAGACAGAGAUUGGUACAGUGAUGCUGAAAUGCCAUUCAAUGCAAUUGAGAACGGUUGCAAGGAUAUUGCUUUUCAGCUCAUAAAUAACACAGAUAUUGAUGUCAUACUUGGAGGAGGAAGAAAGUACAUGACUCCUGAAGGGACACCUGAUCCUGAAUACCCAGAGAACCCAGGUCAAAACGGCACUCGAAAAGAUAAAGAAAAUCUGAUUGAAAAAUGGCUCAGUAUCAAAGAAGAUGCACAAUAUGUGUGGAAUAAAGAACAGUUUGAUGCUGUCAAUGUGAAGAAAACUAAGUAUUUGAUGGGUUUGUUUGAACCCAAGGAUAUGAAAUAUGAGUUAAAUCGAAAUAAGACUAUGGAUCCUUCUAUUGUUGAAAUGACUGACAAGGCCAUUCGAAUUCUUCAGAAGAAUCCCAAAGGAUUUUUCCUUUUUGUUGAGGGUGGUAGAAUUGAUCAUGGACAUCAUGAUGGAACAGCAGUGCAAGCUUUAAAUGAAGCAGUUAAAUUUGAUGAAGCUAUUGAAAGAGCCAGUCACCUGACAAGUGAUGUUGAUACUCUCACUGUAGUAACUGCAGAUCAUUCACAUAUGUUUGCAUUUGGUGGGAAAGCUUUUCGUGGCAAUCCAAUAUUUGGACUAGCACCAUAUUUGGCUUUGGAUGGAAAACCAUAUACAACCAUCUUGUAUGGAAAUGGACCUGGCUAUGCAAUCAAAAAUGGCACACGACCAAAUAUAAAUUCCACUAAUUAUUACAGCAAGGAUUAUGAACAACAAGCUGCUGUUCCACUGGCUUCAGAAACUCAUGGCGCAGAAGAUGUGGCAAUUUUUUCUAAAGGCCCCAUGGCUUAUUUGUUCCACAAAACCCAUGAACAGAAUUACAUUGCCCACGUGAUUGCAUAUGCUGCUUGUAUUGACCCAUAUACAGAGUGUCCGCCAAAUUCCACCGCCAGCAGUGGAUCCUCACUCCAGCCUAUGAAACUUCUCAGUAUUUUACUAGUGACAGUUUAUUUUCUCAAGCAUUAAAACAUCUUUAGCUGCCUAACAUAAAAUGUUUAACUGCCUUAAAAUUAUAGAUUCCAAUUCAUUCUACAAAUAAUUGAAAAGUAAUUAAUACUUCAUCAUAACUCAUAUUUUGUAUUCUUUUCUGCUUAUGUAGCAAAGGAAAUAUACUUUUUUAAAUAUCUGAUAUCUUUGAAAACUUGUUUUAUUUUAUUAAUUCAUGGAUUAUUCACUAGCGAGGUCAGCAUUUACUGCCCAUCACUAAUUGCCCUGGAGAAGUUGUGGUGAGUUUCCUUUUUGAAUGGCAGCAUUCUAUGCAUUGCUGCUGGGUAAUGAUUCCCAGAUUCCGACUCCACGUCAGGAUAAGCAAUAUAUUUUCAAUGCAGAAAAUGUGUGACUUGGAGUGGAACCUGUAGGAGAUGGUGCUCCCAUGCAUGAACUGUUAUGGAAUGCUAGGGGUUACAAAUUGUAGGUAGAGAAGGUGUUAUCAAAAUAAUAAUUAGUCAAAGUAAAUAGCAAUAGCAUAUUCUAACUGUGGAAUAAUGCAUGAAUUCAGUAUGUUUCACAAAUCAUUAAAGCAUUUUGGAAAAGUGUGGACGUAGUAGGGUUGUUGUAAUGGGUGACUUUAACUUUCCCAAUAUUGAUUGGAACCUCCUUCGAGCAGAAGAUUUGAAUGGAGCUGUUUUUGUAAGGUGUGUUCAGGAGGGUUUCCUAACUCAGUACGUUGACAGGCUGACGAGGGGAGAGGCCAUUGUAGACUUGGUGCUCGGAAACGAGCCAGGGCAGGUAUCAGAUCUUGUGGUGGGAGAGCAUUUUGGUGAUAGUGACCAUAACUGCCUCACAUUCUACAUAGCUAUGGAGAAGGAGAGGAUUAGGCAGAAUGAGAGAAUAUUUAAUUGGGGAAGAGGAAACUAUGAUGCGAUUAGACAUGAGUUAGGAAGCAUGGACUGGGAGCAAUUGUUCCAUGGUAAAGGCACUAUAGACAUGUGGAGACUGUUUAAGGAACAGUUGUUGCGAGUGAUGAAUAAAUAUGUCCCUCUGAGACAGGCAAGAAGGGGUAAGAUAAAGGAACCUUGGAUGACGAGAGCGGUGGAGCUUCUCGUCAAAAGCAAGAAGGUAGUUUACAUAAGGUGGAGGAAGCUAGGGUCAAGCUCAGCUCUAGAGGAUUACAGGCAGGCAAGGAAGGAGCUCAAAAAUGGUCUGAGGAGAGUCAGGAGGGGGCACGAGAAAGGCUUGGCAGAACGGAUUAGGGAGAACACAUAUGUGAGGAAUAAGAGAAUGUCAAAGAAAGAGUAGCGCCGAUCAGGGAUAGCAUGGGGAACUUGUGUGUGGAGUCUGAGGAGGUAGGGGAAGCCCUAAAUGAGUUUUUUGCUUCUGUCUUUACGAAAGAAACGAACUUUGUAGUAAAUGAAACCUUUGAAGAGCAGGUGUGCAUGCUGGAAUGGAUAGAGAUAGAGGAAGCUGAUGUGCUGAAAAUUUUGUCAAACAUUAAGAUUGACAAGUCGCCAGGCCCGGACCAGAUUUGUCCUCGGCUGCUUUGGGAAACGAGAAAUGCAAUUGCUUCACCACUUGCGAAGGUCUUUGCAUCCUCGCUCUCCACUGGAGUCGUACCUGAGGACUGGAGAGAGGCAAAUGUAAUUCCUCUCUUCAAGAAAGGAAAUAGGGAAAUCCCCGGCAAUUACAGACCAGUAAGUCUCACGUCCGUCAUCUGCAAGGUGCUAGAAAGUAUUCUGAGGGAUAGGAUUUAUGACCAUCUGGAAGAGCAUGGCUUGAUUAAAUGCAGUCAACACGGCUUUGUGAGGGGCAGGUCAUGCCUGACAAACCUUAUCCAAUUCUUUGAGGAUGUGACUAGAAAAGUUGAUGAGGGUCGAGCAAUGGAUGUGGUGUAUAUGGACUUCAGCAAGGCAUUUGAUAAGGUUCCCCAUGGUAGGCUCAUUCAGAAGGUCAGGAGGAAUGGGAUACAGGGGAACUUAGCUGUCUGGAUACAGAAUUGGCUGGCCAACAGAAGACAGCGAGUAUUAGUAGAAGGAAAAUAUUCUGCCUAGAAGUCAGUGGUGAGUGGUGUUCCACAGGGCUCUGACCUUGGGCCUCUACUGUUUGUAGGAAUCUCACAUCAGGCCCUUCCACCCUCUGAUACAAUGGGAUUUUCCAAUCCCAAGUGAGUGCCAUCAGGCAUCUCACAAUGAAGUGGUCCCACCACUGUUUCCCCACUAUGAUGGAUUUUGUAAAAUCUAGCCUGUAGUCCUAAAAUGUAAGAUUCUGAUAACUUGAUCUAUCUACUGAAUAUUGAAAAAAUGCUCAAGGAUUUUUAGUUGCCUCUAUAUGCUUUGUUGCCUUUUCUUUUCUAAAUGGAUACCACAUUAAAAUAUUUCCAUUCUGCCA